UCUCCAUGGAAACCAGCCUCCCAGGAAGUGGCCAGAGAAGUUAGUGUCGGGGGACAGAACUGGAAAUAUGUCAUGAAGGAAACACCUGUUUUGGUAAGCUAAGAUAAACAACUGAAAAUACUGAACUAAAUCAAGCCCCAUAAAGGCCCCCAAGCCCCCCUCAUUAUGAUUUUCUUCUGAAUAUCUUCAAGGAAAAUGGGCCUGGGCCGCUCCAAGCCUCACCCCCGGGUAAUCAAAGUCACACCUUUACAAGAAGCAGAGAUUCCCGCGGCAGGCCCUGUGUUCUAUGCAUUAAAUCGGAACCUGGAAGAAAAGAGCUCAUACCCAUUCUCUAGACUGCAGGACCAAAAUCAAGCUCUGGAAGGACUGCUACCACCUCUUCGAGAAACCUGGUAUGGAAGACAUCCUGCAGUGUCCAGGCCCAUACAUCUUGACAUUCCACUGAAACAUGAAGAAUCAAGCAUUAUCAAAAGGCAUCCACCCCGAAGAAUUCAAAAGCUUGAACCCAUUGAUCUGCCACAAGUAAUUACCUCUGAGCGACUCCUGAGCCAGCAAGAAGCCAGAACAAAACACAAAGCAAAGCAGGAACUUGAGAAGACAAUGCAGCUCUCAGUGUACACUUCUGGGAAGAGACAGUAUUUACAUAAGAUGCAAAUGCUGGAGAUGAACCAUAAAAGACAGGAGGCCCAAAUGGAGUUGAUGAAGAUCCUUCACAGUAAAGCAAGACUUGAUAUGCAAAAGCUGAAGGACCAUAAUGGUAAUAAAAUCACCCAAAGCAUGCCACGGAGCAAUGGCUAUGAAAUUGUCACCAUACUGCCUGAUGAAACCAUGAACAGAGACCAAGGAAAUCCACAGGAUGAAGAAUUCUUGGAAUAUCACGCAGGGAAUGACUAUUGUGUCCGGAAAACUGGUAAAAUGGAAGCAUGGCUCCGUGAACAAGAAGGCCAAGGACAGCUUUUCUGGGACAGCUCCAGCUCUGACUCAGACGAGCUUAGAGAUCAGAAGAGACCACGAGCACUGGUGAGGACCAGGACAGAGAGGAUCCCACUUUAUGAUGCGUUUUAUGACAGAGAAUGAGAAAUCUACACACUACCCCAGACAGUGAGGACACUGAAUG